AUGGAGGCGGACCUAACGAAUAUGAUCGACAUCGAGAUACGGUGCGCCGGCAAUGUGUUGGGAACGGUGGUGAUCGAUAAAGAAUGGUCGCUAUCUGCUGUGCGGACGGAGAUCUUUGCCGUUUUCCCAGGAACGGCUCCAGAGGAGUUUGAGUUUUGGAUCCACGGUCCAGAUGCACCUAAUAAAUCACUGCCGCCAAAAUUGCUGACGCCAAAAUCACCAAGAUCAGAAUCACCAAGAUCAGUAGCCGAAGUGGCAGCAACAGCUGCAGCAUCUGUGGCUGGUUUUCUCGCUGGCCCCUCAGCUCCUGCUGAGCUGGCAGCUGUCCCUGCUGAGCUGGCACCAGCAGAAAUCUCGGGUAUGCUAAUCUCAUUCUCAAAGACGAUAGGGCGUGUAGAGAAGCCUGCUGCACCUCCUGCCAAGCCUCCUGCCAAGCCUACUGUGGGAUUCGCAGCUGAAACCGUGUCUCCUGAUGCUACUGCUGACACCAUCGGUCCUGCCACUGCCGCUUGA